AUGCGUCUGCUCGCGCUCCACACUGCACUCGUCGUGCUCCUCUGCCACCUCUCUGCAGUCCGCAGCUGGGGACUCGCAGGCCACCAGAUCGUAGCCACCAUCGCACAGACGCAGCUCCACCCGCUCGUACGCCAGCACCUCUGCUCCAUCCUCCCCAACUUCACCCAGUACCCUUCCAUCUGGCCCUCCUCCCCGCAGGGGCGUCCCAACACGCACUGCCACCUCGCAGUGCUGGCGGGAUGGCCCGACAACGUGCGCUUCCGCCUCCCCUGGAGUUCCAAGCUGCACUAUGUCAACCCUACCGACGACCACCCGCCGCAGCACUGCACCUAUGGCGAGGCCGGCUGGACCUCGGACGACAACAUCCUUCACGCCAUGGUCAAUUACACUCAGCGCCUCACCACCGAGACCGGCUACGAGCGCGACCUCGCCCUCCGCUUCCUCGUCCACUUCUUCGGAGAUGCUCACCAGCCGCUCCAUCUCACCGGCCGCGCCAGGGGCGGCAACGACAUCUGGGUCCAUUUCGAGGGCAGAAAGAGCAAGCUCCACUCGGUCUGGGACGGCCUUCUCCUCAACAAGCAGGUUCGCCAACUGGCAAACUACACGUCCAGGCUCCCUUCGCCGCGCAUCGAGAGCGGCCUCCGCGGCGACGUCUACGACCCCUAUAUCCGCUGGAUCCUCAAGGAAGGUCUCGGGCAGCCCGCCAUCAAGGGCCAAGAGCCGCUCGGCUGGUUCACCAAUGAAGCGCCAGAGUGGCCCAGCUGCGGCACCGAAGCCGGCAGAGGCCUCGUCGUCCAGCAGACCGGCCAAUCGGUCUUCAACGACCAGGACCCAUCGGCCGUCGAUGACACCGACCUGCCCAUCUGCCCCUACUACUGGACCAAGCCGAUGCACCCGCUCGUGUGCGAGUACGCAUUUGCCCACCCGGUGCCAGAGUGGGAACCGCCGUCUGACGAUCUCGAAGGCGGCGUGCCGGAGCAUCCGCCGUCGCCGCCUCCGCCGCGCCUACCGCUGCCUGAGCUCGACACGCCCGAGUACCUGGGGCGCAUCGACGCUGACAAGGUCAUCCAGCGCCAGCUGGCAAAGGCCGGCGUGAGGCUCGCUGCCGUGCUCAACACGCUCCUCCUCGACGAGGCGACUCGAGCUGUUGGAGGCAUCAUGCCGGUCGACUGGCUUGACGAGGGCCGCUCGUGA